AUGAGCGGAGCGUUAUAUGGCAUAGAUAUCGACGACCUAGAAAAGACGAUGGAAGAGAAGAAGAGAGGAGGGACAAUGAUUCGGAACCAACGAAUACAUGUCAUGAAAUAUGCGGAUGAUGUGGCGCUAGUUGCGGACACAGAAGAGGAGCUAAGAGGGAUGCUGAAAGAGCUAGAAAGAUACACAGAAGAGAAUAAGAUGGAGGUGAACGUGAAAAAAACAAAAAUUCUAAUAUGCAGAAAUGGAGGUAGAAAAAAGAAGGGAAAGAAAUGGAUGUAUAAAGGAAGUGAGGUCGAAGAAGUCAAAGAAUUUAAAUAUCUUGGGUACCAUUUCACCACAAGGAAUAGCGCAGGGAAACAAAAAAAGGAACUAGCACAAAAAGCACAAAAGGCCACAAAUGCAGUAUGGGGAGUGAUAAAAAGGAGCAAAAAGAACAGCAUGAGGGACAGGAUGUAUCUGUCUCGCGACUAG